AUGCAACCACGACGACAAGCUCCCGACGAUUAUGGCACAGAAUAUCUAGAUGACUACAGCUAUAGCUCAAACUACAUCUUUCUCUCGCUCAUCUUAUUCGGCAAUAUCAAUAUGCCAUCUCCGCCACCGGCGACCGCUAACAAAGACUACUACGAAAUUCUCAAUAUUCCCUCCAGCGAUCCUUCAGCAGGGAAAUUACCAGUUAUCUCGAAACAACAACUCAAAAUCGCAUACCACAAGGCACUUCUGAAAUAUCAUCCUGAUAAAUCUUCUCCUUCACCUUUCCCCGCUCCCACCGGAGGGAGUAAUACCUACACAAUCGACGAGAUUACAAAUGCUUACAAAGUCCUCUCCGAUCCGAGUCUACGAGCUGAAUAUGACCGUGAUCUGAUCUUACAACGGAGAAACGACACCUUUAAUAAGAAAUCUAACGGCGGAGAAAAUGUCUCAUUCCACACGGGCCUUGAAGUCGUUGAUCUGGAGGAUAUGGAUGAACAGUUUGACGAAGGAGAGGGUACAUUAUCCUGGUAUCGGGGCUGUCGAUGCGGAGAUGAGAAAGGCUUUAUUGUUACGGAAGAUGAGCUGGAGGCUGAGGCGCAACAUGGUGAGAUUUUGUUCUCGCUUUUGGGGAGUUUGAUUAGGGAUAUAUUUCCGGCCAUGCGGCAAGAAGCCUGCAGCUUCGAUGAGACUUUUGUCCAGCGCGGCUCACGUCUCACUGAGAAUGCUCUAUGCGAGGAUGUCGAAUUGGCAAUCUCCGAACGACCAUUCUACCUCAGAACAUAUUUGAACGAAUGCGAUUUGGGUCGCUUGUGGCGACAAAUAUAG